GCGACGACACCUCGAAUGAAAUCUUUGAACAAAAUUCUGAUUUCAAGUUCGAUUUCGAUAGUUUUUCUUCUCUCUCUCACACACAUUUCUUUCGAUUUAUUCAAACUGGAUAGCGAUUCGGCUGACGCUGAUGGGCAUCUGGUUGAGUUCAAGGCCGGGCGCAUGAUUCAAGGUGCCCAAAUGGUCGAGCCAGACAAUCGCAAGGGUCUAAUCUAUCUGUAUCGCGAUGAGGCCUACGAUUUGCAUUUCUGCUGGAUGGAUCGUCGACGCAUGGCGGUCGAAAUCGAUAUCAUUGUAUCGCCGGGCACUUUGGAAUUCCAUCGCGUCGAGUCGUGUAAAACGGGUCGCAUCUAUGUGCUCAAGUUUCGACGAUCGCCGAAUCGUUUAUUCUUUUGGAUGCAGGAUCCCAGAUUCGAGCACGAUGCUGAGAUUUGUGCCCAGGUCAAUGAGCUGCUCAGAUCAAACACCAAUUCCGAUGAUGAUUAUUCGCUCAAGUCGGUGAAAGGUGCCAAUUUGAAGCAGUCCGAGUCAUAAAUUGUUAGUUGUAACACAGCCAGAGAGUAAUAAAAGGGAAGUCGAAUUCAACAAA